AUGAGUGCCGCAAUGAAAAUGAGUAUGCCCAGAGCUGAUGCCUCAACCAGGAUCAGCAUCGGAUCUGUGCACAGCGCGCACAGUCAUCUUAGGGUCUCCAGCAAGCAUUCUGGGCGCCAAGCUGCCAGGUGUGCUGUGGUGGCUGAGGCAAGUUCUGAACUGGGAGCACUGUCAGGCAUCGAGGUGGUGGGACUGCAGUCUGGCGCCCUGACAGAUGUUACCUCACUUUGCAAGCAGACCUCUGGCUCACCCUGCAUAAUGGUCUUCUUCACUCAUUGGGGUGACCUGGGGUCCUGGGAAUACGCCCAGAGAUUGGUCAAGGUUCUACCGAAGCUGGAAGACGCAGGCAUUGAGAUCGUCGCCACUGGACUGGGCUCAGUGUCAGGGGGUCGCGAGUUUUCCAAGUGCACAGGCUUCCCUCUGGACAGGCUGUAUGCAGACCCAGCAGGCGAAUGCCACAGGGCACUGGGAUUCAACCCAGGUUUUGCAAGAGAUGCUGAUAUCAGCCCGUACAUCAAGUUGCUGACGAUGCUGGCUGGGGUGGGGUCGCCUGGAACGAUUCAGGAGGUGCUUAGGGGUUACAUCGGCGACCGUGAGAGUAAGCCCGUGUACGAUCAGGCGUCUCCAUUUGACCUCCUUGGAACUGGCUACCAGAGGCCUUUUGAGCUGGCAACAUUGCGCCUCAAGAACAUGGUGGACAUCCUCCCGAAAUGGGAGAAGCUGUGUCCGCCGGACAACAACCUGCUUGUGCAGCAAGGCGGCACCCUGGUGUUCAAGGGCGACGAAGUCGUGUUCAAGCACGAAGAUUCGGGAAUACUGAAGACGGCCGAUGUGGAAGAGCUUCUGGCCGCCGUGGCUCCCGCAGCGGCGGACCAGCAAUGA